ACAAAGCGGACCGCAGUGUUCGACGCCCCCCCCCCUGCUGUGACAGCCUGUGCAGGGUGUGAUGUGGCUGUGGCAUGUAUAAUCUCCGUAUUCCUUCCUGACGGUGUCAACCCAGACAGUCACGCCGUGGAGGGUGCCAUGGCUGAGGUGAUGGGACAGAAGAGCUUGCUGGGCUUUGGUGUGGUGUUGGUGUGGCUGGUUCUGUUCCACCUGCUGGUCAACAUCUGGCUGCUUUGUCUGUUCACCAGCCUGCUGGUGGUGCUUGGUGGCUGGCUUGGCUCGCAGGCAGUCCUAGAUUCCAACAGUGUGGUUCAUCUGGAGAGGUUUAUCACACUGGAGCAGGUUCCACCCUCCGUGGAGGCUGAUCAACACUUGGACCAAGAGAUCCACAACACAGUGAGGAAAAUCAUCAGGGACUUUGUCACCUCCUGGUACUGCACGGUGUCCUCUGAGACUGGUUUUGAGACAGAAGUUAAAGAGGCCAUGAUCUGUAUGGCCAUGGAACUGAAAAACCGUGCAAAACAUGUCGACAGGAAGGAGCUGACUCAGAGGAUCCUCGAUCUGUUUGGCUGCCACCUGCAGGACUACAUCAGAGCGAAGGAGCUGGUGACCGAGCAGCGGAUGACCAUGAAUCGUGAAAGUGACCGGUUGUGGAAAGCUUAUUCCAGUCUUACCACACCUCAUCUUGCCAUGACCAAUGACAAAGCGGAGCUAAACUACACCAGAGGAUUUGUAGAUUUGUUAAUGCAUGUUUUGGUGCCAUUGCCGCACUUGGAGACCCAAACUGGACGGUUUGUUGUUGGAGAGCUCAUCACCUGCAAUGUUCUUCUCCCUCUUUUUGACAAACUGUCUGACCCUGACUGGUUAAACAUCCUUAUAAUUGAAAUAUUUGGGAGGUCCAGCAAACCCCAGGAAUGCAUUGCGACAGAGCCGAUGACUCCAUCACCACCAACAGAUGAAUCUGAUCUCCCUGCAUUACAAGAGAUUGCACAGGUUCCUCAAAGGAAUACUGAAAUUCCUCAAGCACGAGCACAGACUGAAAUGUUCCCUGAGGCAGAGAUGGCUGAGCUUGCUACCUAUGACGUCUUCGACUCAGUGGAGGUGGACUGUCCACAGAAUAACACUGAAGAAGAAGAAAGUCCUCCACCCUUUCUAGAGCAUUUCUUGAGAGGAAGCAAGUCAAACCCAUUUUACCAGGAAAAUGAUUCGGACCUUGAUUCUCCUUUGGCUGAAUAUAAACAGAGUCCCACCGAUUCACUGGUCAUGAUAGGCCAAGAGGAGGCUUUGGAUGACAGAUGCAAAGAGUUUACCACAUCUGUUGAAAAUAACAUUGGUCUGGACUUGGAGGAUGUUUGUCCCUGUCCAUUGGAUGGCUCCCGCCAAAGCGUACUUGUGAAUUCAGAAAAUCCAAAUGGCUAUGGCCCCUCAUCAGUAGGGGCAUCACAGGGGACUCCAAGUGUCAGCAGCCUCCCGGACCUGGAGAGGGAAGCCAGUUCCCCACCAGUAAACCCAACCAGGGAGCUUCUCCUGAGCGUAGAACAGACUGGGUUGGGUAACCCUAAUGAACUAGUCAGUCCCUCGCAGGUCACUUCUCCCAUGCCAUCAUUCAGCUUCCAGCCCCUCAGCAGCCCAGAUGGACCAGUCAUCAUUCAGAACCUCCGCAUCACUGGUACCAUCACAGCUAAGGAACACAGAGGCACUGGCUCACACCCCUACACAUUAUACACUAUAAAAUAUGAGACAGCAAUGGGUUUUGAGAGCCCAGGAAGCCUCCAGUCCGGCUCUGAUGAUGCCGAAGUCGUACAGACAACUUUAGAGAAUCCCUCUCGCAUUCAGCCAGUAGCCUAUCACAUGGUCAACAGACGAUACAGCGAGUUCCUCAACCUGCAAACACGGCUGGAAGAGAAAACUGACCUAAGGAAACUCAGCAAAGGUGUAAAAGGUCCAAGGAAAAUAUUUCCAGACAUGCCAUUUGGGAACAUGGACAGUGACAAGAUUGAGGCCCGGAAAGGACUGCUAGAAACCUUUUUGAAGCAACUCUGUGCCAUCCCUGAAAUAGCCAAUAGUGAGGAGAUGCAGGAGUUUCUGGCUCUCAAUACAGACGCCAGGAUUGCCUUUGUCAAGAAACCUUUCAUUGUGUCACGCAUAGACAAGAUUAUGGUGAAUGCCAUCGUGGACACCCUGAAGACAGCCUUUCCUCGUUCAGAGCCUCAAAGCCCCACAGAGGAUAACGAAGCAGAGGUGGAUGGUUGGAAAAUAAGUUUGGACAAGAAGAGCAAGUCUCGUCUGAAGUUCAGUAGUAAGAACAGUCCCUCUAUGAACGGCUCUGACAUAAGACCACCAGUUUUGUUCAGUUUGGAGCAAACCAGCACAGUUUUCAGCAGGAUGUCCUUGGGAGAUUUGCAAGCCUUUAUCACCGAACAAGAAAAACUGUGUAUCAGAGUUGAGUCGGAGAGGGAGGAGAGCCCAGUGGGCAGAGAAUUCAGAGGCUAUCUGGAUGACAGCUUGAGAGGAAAGCAGAGUCAGGAGCGUGCCUCUGAGAUGGCGCUGGCUGAGGUGGCUCUGAACAUCCUGUGUCUGCUGAUGAAGGAGCAGUGGAGCUGGCUGUGCACUGAAAACAUUCAGAGGACCGUCAGGCUGCUGUUUGGGACCUUUAUUAACAGGUGGCUAGAUGUGAGCGUAGCCAACCUGACGUCCACAGGGUUCUGGGUGUUCUACCUGCAGGUCAUACAGGAGGCUGUAUGGCCCGGUGGAGCUCUGCCUACGACCCUUCAACUUGACCGCAGCCAGCAGGAGAAGGACAGCACCAGACAACAAGCCCUGCACUGUCUGAUGAGACUCUUACCAGAUCUGGUCUCAGACAUGUUGGGACAAGACAAGUGCAAACUGAGCUGGCAGAUGGCACUGGACUCUCUUCAAGACCCCUACAUUAACAGACACCUGGUCUACUGUAUAUUUGACCUUCUGCUGGAGUUCCUGGUUCCUGAAAUACCUGAGGCGGACUUCCAGAGGAGGCUGCUGCAGACCCUCUCUAAAAACCCUGAGAAGUUGCUGGCAUGAGGCGACCACCCACAAGAACACCUGCAAACCCAGCUUUUAUUUUUCAUCAUGCUGACUCGUCAUUCAGCUCAGAUGAGAUGCUGUAAAGCAGCGUGACGUCGAGGAUGCUCCCGUUCUGCUAACGUUAUGUGAUCACAGUGUGAGUGAAUAUUUCUAGUCAGACUGAAUAUCCUCUGUCCCCACUUUAAUCUCCCGAGGUCAGUCUGCCCUGUCUCCAAUUAUGUAUUGAUGUACGGCCAUGAGUCUCCUGAGCACAGUGUCCUGUAUACGAAGACACAUGUUUGAGGAAGCAUUAAUUACACAAGAGCACCUGGUUUGUGUUUGAUCGAAUGUGUCUGACGUGCGAUCCAAACAUGUGGCAAAGCACUGUCCGUUGUCUACGUCCAGCUUUGACUAAACUCACUGCAGAUGGUUUUUACACUCUGUCCUCAUCCCCUCCCACGGGCUCUGGGAACAAGUCCUCACACCUCUAUCUGUCAUCUAGUGAAGCAGGAUUUAUCACCCCAAGAUUAAGCUGUUGACGACAGUUUCAUUCCUCAGUGUCCUGCUGGCUCUGUAUAAACCCAAUUGUGACUCUAACACAAUAUUCUUCCUUGUGAGUGGAGCAUAGGUCUCUUGCAGUGAUUUUAAGCCUGCAACUAACCGAAUGUAGGAAAAGUACAUGUGAGUUGCAAUGAAGAGUUGGCCAUAAUGUAUUUUACUGGCUUUCCAGGUAGGUUCUUUUAAUAAGUUCCACGGUGCAGUAAAUUUCUAAAUAAUAAGCGAGCCGAGCCUCACAAAAGCAGGUAUACGAAGGACGUCUGCUGUUGGCAGAGCUCCAGUCAAUAACUUUUUUGUAGGCUAAUGUAAAACAGUGGGCUGGCAGGCUGGUUAACCACAGGCCUUUAAGUGGUGGUAAAUUACAUAGAAGGAUAUUCUCUUGUGCAAUGAAGAAAAACCAACAUAAAUUGUUUUGGAAAGACAUUGGGUCACCAUGUGCCACCAGAACAGCUUCAGUGAGUCUCUGAACUCUACUGGAAGGAAGAUUUCCAUUCUUCCCAACGAUAUUUCCAUAUUUGGGGGUUUGAUGACGAUGGUGGAGCGAGCUGUCAAACAUACUGGUCCAGAAUCUACUAUUGGUGUUUAACUGGGUUGAUAUUUGGUGACUCUGAGGACCAUAGCUCACAAAAUUGUUAUACUCUGAAACAUAGGCUGUCUAUAAAGAUGGACGACGAAGUGAAGCCAAAAUAUAAUAUGUAUAUAAUUUAAAAUAUAUAUUACAUAGAUAUGAGCAGUGGUAGUUGGGUCCUGUCAAUGUCCAUGCUCGACUAAUCACGAGUCAGUCUCAAUUGUUAAUCAUGACAUAUCACCCUGUUAUUAAUCAUCAAAUAACGAAUAUAAACCAAACUUGUCAGAAACAUAAGUCAGUGUUGUCAUCCUGUUGUGCUGCUCUUUAAAUAACAGCAUCUGAUCAUCGGUACUAACUCACUUAUUCUUACUCAUUCUGUUGAUUAUCAAAGUAAAGGCAGGGUAUAUAUGAGCUGUGAGACAGUCAGCAGAUAAUCAUGAUCAUAGAUUCUAAAUAAAGAUAGAUGACAUGUUUUCAUUUCCCCCAAUUGGCCUAAAUGAAAUCCUGGAAUUCCACUUCACAAGCCCCAGAUCUGUUUGAUGGCCACAUGAGCCCGAACCCUCGUCCUUCAGUCACCUUAGAAACCAUCUGAAGAGGGUCACCACAUAAUCUUCAGUCACUGUAAACAAACUUUGAAGGUUUUCAUAUUUGUGAAAAUUGCCUUAUCUUAUUGCCUUAUUUGUGGUCAGUGCCACUUGGAUAAAGAAUGAAAAGAAAACGUUGUAACCUUAGCAUUGUCCCACACACACACACACACAAAUGAUGUAGCACAGAGUACAUCACCAUUUUCUGCCAACAUUCUUUUUGUUCGUGUUUGUGGUGAUAAACAAGGCCAUAUUUUAAUGUUUUGAUCAUUCCAUUUUUUUUGCACUUAUACCCGCAACCUUGUCUUAAAUUCCAUUGUUUCUUUCCAUGGUGUUUACUUGUGAUUCAGUGUAUUUAUUAACCUAUUUAUGUGUUUGAAAUAUUACAUAAUGUCUUGUUCUGAAUUCCAACCAUAAAAGAAGGAGCUGGUGCUGAAGGAGAGGGGCCCCCUGCAGUAUUGUGAAGUGCUUUUUACCCCCUAGGUUUUGCCUUACAGGGAGGUUGAUGGAAGUUUGGUUUGGUGUGUCCUGCAGGUGUGACCCUGAUAAGCAGCCCCUUGUAGCUCCCUGUGGUGAACCUGUUUACUCUUCUUUUUAUUGUGAGCGACUGCUGAACUAUGAAGCGUUACAGUUGUUGUAUGUUACAGUUUUUCUAUGUUACAGUUUUUGUAUGUUACAGUUGUUGUAUGUUACAGUUUUUCUAUGUUACAGUUUUUGUAUGUUACAGUUGUUGUAUGUUACAGUUGUUGUAUGUUACAGAAUGUUAGGAGGGUCUUAUAUUUACUUUCUCAUUCUGUCUGAUGAAGGAAUUCCAUAUAUGUUGAUAUGAUUAAACUGCAAAGUGCCACAGAACAUGAUCACAUUGCUUCUUACAACUGGCACAGAGACAGAAACGUACGUGCUCGUUGUAUCACUGCUUUAACAACAUCCUUUAAUAUUAUAAGAUCACAUGUUUCAUCUUAUCUUGAUUUUUCAUCAUAGUGGUCAUAAAUCUGCACAAAAGAAUCUGAAAUUAGUUCACAACAAUAAUGCCAAAAAAAUCUCCUGCCUGUUGGCUACUGUGUGUUGCAUAGACUGGAUAUUUUAAUCAUAACAAUGUGCAAAAACUUAUGUUACAACAAGAAAAGUCUGUAUAACAUCAGAACCGGGAACUUUUGGGGUUUUUUGUUUGUGAAAAGCCAACUGUUUUGGUAUGUGAUCAUUUCAUAUGUAGAAAUAACCAGAAUGUUGAGAUACAACGGAAUGAGAAAUAAUUGUUAAAAGGAUCAUGUUAAAGCCUCGUCAUCAUUAACCCAAGUAAGAUAGAUCGUUAUUUGUCAUGUGGUGGCUGCUGUAUUUUCCUGCUUCAAUCAGUAGAUGGUAGAUGUUUAACUCCUAAUUGAAAAAUGCACAGUGCUGUUUGCUCUUAGAACUUAGAACAGCAGAGUUUACAUGGAUUUAUAACUCUCCACAAGUUUAUGUUGAAGUCUUUCAUAGUAAUGUAUGAUAAUGAUUAACCGUAAUUUCCUUUCUCCUCUGCACUGGUGUUCACGUUUGUGUCUUGUUGUCUAUCAGACAUUUAAACAUGUGGUUGUGUUAAUAUGAACACUUUGAAUCCCUUUUUCCUCUCACCCUUUGUGUCACAGUCUUUUAAAAUGCCUGCUCGUGGUUCCUGAACAUAUCUGCCAACACAAUAAAGUUACCAAACAUGAUUUAUUAAGACAUCCAA